CUUUGUUUUUGCGGAACUAGCUCGGGGACACAUAUCAAGGGGGCACACGGGGAAGCAGAAGCUAGCUAGUGUUGGAAAUGUUUGUAUAGUAAUGAAACCUAAGCUACAUUGACAUAUGUGGCAAAAUUAUUGUUUUUUUUAAACAUAAGACUUCGGAUGUAACAGAUUAUAAAUGCUAUUUUUGACUGCCCUCUUUUAAAAGUAGCUAACUCUGAUAUACAACUGAAAAGAAGGAGACGGUGACGUGAGAGUAAUGUCGGCCAAAACAAUGGCAAGUAAAAGCAAAGACAGCGGGGAAGUCAUUAAAAACUGCCACAAGCAGGCCUUCGAGUAUGUAUCAAAGGCAUUGAGGAUCGACGAAGAUGAUGCAGGAGCAAAAGAGGAGGCUGUACAGUGGUACAAGAGGGGGAUUUCUGAGCUUGAAAGGGGUAUUGCAGUAGAGAUCACGGUACAAGGAGAGCAAUAUGACAGAUCAAAGAGACUUCAAGAUAAAAUGGUCACCAAUCUCAACAUGGCAAACGAUCGGCUCGCUCUCUUAGAGGCAACAAUGGCAUCUAAAAGGAGGAGUGAUCCACAGAAGACCUCAAAUCAUGCUCUUCCACAACCAAAGCCUGUGCCUAAAAGCCAGCCUGCAGUGCGAGGCAACAUCAGGCCCUCCACUGUUGUUCGACCCCCAUCCAGACCCACUGAUUCAAAGGUGACUCCACGAGUGGGAAAAACUCUAAAUGGAAAAUCUACAGCUGUAAAACAGCCCCCAAAGAGGGAUAUGAAAAACUUCAAGAAUGUGGACAGCAAACUGGCCAACCUGAUCAUGAAUGAAAUUAUUGACAGUGGAGCAGCUGUAUCCUUUGAAGACAUUGCGGGUCAGGACCUGGCCAAGCAAGCACUCCAGGAGAUUGUCAUCCUCCCUGCCUUAAGACCAGAGCUCUUUACUGGCCUGAGAUCGCCGGCGCGUGGUUUGCUUUUAUUUGGCCCGCCUGGAAAUGGGAAAACCAUGCUGGCCAAAGCAGUGGCAGCAGAGUCAAAAGCCACAUUCUUCAACAUCAGCGCUGCCAGUCUGACCUCUAAAUAUGUGGGAGAGGGCGAGAAGCUUGUACGAGCACUGUUUGCAGUUGCCAGAGAAUUGCAGCCGUCUGUCAUCUUUAUCGAUGAAAUUGACAGCUUGCUCUGUGAAAGGAGGGAGGGAGAACACGAAGCCUCUCGUCGAUUAAAAACCGAGUUCCUCAUUGAGUUUGAUGGGGUAAGAGCGGCCGCUGCAAUUCACGGAGGGGACGACAGGGUGCUCGUAAUGGGAGCGACCAACAGGCCUCAAGAACUCGAUGAAGCAGUACUGAGACGCUUCGCAAAAAGGAUUUAUGUGGCAUUGCCGGAUGUGGAGACAAGAUUGAUGCUGAUGAAAAACCUUUUGGGAAAGCAUGGGAAUCCACUGAGCAAAACUGAGCUGUCAUAUCUAGCAAAAGCGAGUGCAGGAUAUUCAGGAAGUGAUCUCACGUCAUUAGCCAAAGAUGCUGCGCUCGGGCCGAUUAGAGAGUUGGGGCCAGACCAAGUCCGAAGUGUGGCCGCUAGUGAGAUGCGUAACAUCAAGAUUAAAGACUUUGAGGAUUCCCUGAAGCGCGUUAAGCCCAGUGUUAGCCCAGGGACUCUCAAUAUGUAUACCAAAUGGAACAAAGAUUUUGGAGACACAACAGCUCUUUGAACUUGAUUCUGAGUUUCCACUUGAAAAAGAACUGUUAAUAAAAUAACAGUUGAGUCCUCUACGGGUAUAAUACGUCAUAAAUGAACUUAAAAACUUGGAGCACUUUUGUAGGUUUGGUAAAUCUAUAAUGUAUAAAUAUUACAACAUUUGGAAACAUUUCCUGUUUUAUGGGAAGGGUUUGCUUGCAAGUUUUUUAAAGAGUUUCUUUACUGUAUAAUUACACUCCUAAAACACUGUCUUGCUAGUACUUGAAAUUUCAUAAUUUAUUCUUAAGAAUCCCCUGCAAAUACAAAUUAUCUUUCUCUUGCCUCAAGAGGGCAGCAAGUUUCUGUAAAUCCUGACAUCCACAUCCAUUAGUUACCCGAUGUGUUGACAUGUUGAUGGUAUUGAUCACCAAGUGCUCUAUGUACGAGUGCAAGAGUGAUAACAGUUGGGGAGAAGAUUCACCAAAUGGGUGCAUUUGUAUUAUAUAAAAGGUUUUUUCCAUUUGCACUUAUAAUUUGUAGAUACAAAAACAAAUUGAUUGUAUUUGAAAGUAGGAGACCUAAUGAAUCAGAAAGUUAUGACAGUUAAAAACGAUUUAAUUAAGCAGGACUUUAAUGGCUUCCUACUUUCCUCUUGCAUCAAUAAAUACAUUCAUGAAAGUUUC